GUAUUCUGCUAUAAUAUUGAACACAGUGGAUCUUCAAUUACAUUACUACACUUAUUCAUAACAUUGAACUGGAAACAGUCCAUUUGUAACGAAGACAAUAAUAUAACAAUUAAUAGAAAAUAGCAAUAUAUUUCAUUAUAAAAAUAGUUGUGUUUAUGCAACAGUAUAUAGUUAAAGUUUGGUUCACGAACAUUGUUAACAUGAGCGACGAUUCAAUUAGCAAUGAUGAAAUUGACAUAUUUCGCGAUACAAACGUUAGAUACCUAGGUUAUUCAAAUGAAGUUGGAGAAGCAUUUCGCAGUAUUGUUCCUAAGUCAGUUGUAUGGUCAAGUUACAUUGCUGCAUGUGGUUAUGUUCUUGCUGAUACUUUACACAAAGGUUAUCACACCUAUCAGAAUGAAAAAUCACCAAACCAAAUUAAAAAGGUUGUGCUAUCAACAUCAGACACUUUAAUAUGGCAAGGUUUUGCAUCAGUUAUUAUUCCCGGGCUUACAAUUAAUAGAAUUUGUGCACUGACACAUUUCAUUCAAAAUAAAACUACUGCAAGACCAUUGUUGCGAAGUCCUUGGAUUUCAACCAUUGUAGGUUUGGUAUCUAUUCCUUUUAUUAUUCAUCCUAUUGAUGAAUUUGUAGAAAAAACAAUGAAUUCAACGUACAGGCAAUGGACUGGUUACAAACCAAAAAAACAUUUAUCAUCUACUUAAAACUACAAAAAUAUUAUCUAGAUGUAUUGAGUAUAUUUUCUUAGGCUGUGAAAAAAGAUAAAAUUUUUUUAUUAUUCAUAGAUAAUUAUGUACAACAAUAUUACUGAGAUUGCACUACAGUCUAUAUUUUAUAAUAAGUAUUGCAUCGUUGAAUCUCUGUAAACAAUUCUGUAUAAGUAAAAUACAAUUAUAACAUAGCUUGUUACAAGUUCCUAGAAUGAAAGUACAAAUUUGUAACACUUAGUAAUGUUAAUUUGAAUUAAUUAUACUUGUUACAAAAAAUA